UGCCGGCCUUGCCCGAGAACGGUGCACUAUUGUUCGAAUCGAAUUGUUUAUUCGCAAAAUUGUUUGAAUAACCAACAAUUUUAUUGAAAUGAAGAAAAAUUUAUAUUUACGCUUUAGAGUAACUAACACAGACAUGCCUUGAUUUAUUAUUAAGUAAUGUGAGAUAAACAAUGAUUUGGUUACAUCAAGACACCUUUUGAUUUAAAAGUGACAGUGACAAUUGACGUGAGAUGUUGUGAAAUAAAACAUGGGGAACACAUCUGUUUUCCGUUUCCUCAUUCUGCUGUCAGCGUUAAUAUGGAUUCUGGAUGCUAAUACACAAAGGAGAAGAAGGGAACCUUGGACUAAUGGCAGUUGGUUUAAUAUGGGUCUUCUCGAGUUCGAAAAAUGGUCAAACCAGCCGGGACUUUUCUCUGAAAAAUCAAGGUUUUGUGCCCGGCUGCGAGGCCUGACACCGGGGCAGCGUCGAAUAUGCCGUCACCAUAAGGACCAUAUGCCGACUGUUAGUGCUGGGGUCCGGAAGGGUAUUGAAGAGUGCCAGUACCAGUUUCAAGGGCGGAGGUGGAACUGUACCAUCACCAGUGAUGAGACCGUAUUUGGACCUUUGACUUUAAUAGCAUCCCGCGAAACAGCAUUUACCCACGCUAUAACAGCUGCUGGGGUGUCAUUGUCCAUCUCUCGAGCAUGUCGGGAUGGAAGUCUCGCGUCAUGUGGUUGCAGCCGCGCGUCACGGCCACGGCACUUACAUAAUGAUUGGGUAUGGGGCGGAUGUGGGGAUAACCUGGAGUAUGGAUACAAGUUCACAGAAAGCUUUGUAGAUGUCCGCGAGAGGGAGGGGAAAGUGAAAAGAGGCAGCCGGGAACAGGGACGUCAGUUAAUGAACAGGCACAAUAACGAAGCUGGCAGACGGGCUGUUAUCAAGAAAUCUCGUGUCACGUGUAAAUGUCACGGUGUUUCGGGGUCUUGUAGCCUCAUCACGUGCUGGCAGCAAUUAGCUACAUUCAGGGAAAUUGGUGACUAUCUGCAUGAGAAAUACGAAGGAGCAACGGAGGUGAAAGUAUCAAGACGCGGCAAGCUACGCGUGGGAAAUCCUAAUUAUAGUCUGCCCACGCCGCAGGACCUUGUCUACUUGGAGGAAUCACCUAAUUAUUGUGUUAAGAAUGAGACAUUGGGUUCCUUCGGCACUACCGGCCGAAAUUGCAACAGAACGUCACCAGGCAUAGAUGGAUGUGCAAUAAUGUGUUGUGGCCGGGGCUACAAUACAAAAAGGGCCGUUAUAAAAGAGCGAUGCGAUUGUAAAUUUCACUGGUGCUGCCGUGUUGAUUGUAAUAUUUGUGUCAAAACUGUCGAAAUACACACUUGUAAAUAGGACGAAACGGGUUAUAGUGCAACAAUGGCUUAUUUGUGGAAUCUCAGGUUAAAAUGCGUAUUUCUGUAGUUUAAGGCAUCAAAGACUUAUACGAUGAUAAAAUCUUGAGAUUUCAGAGAGCGUUUAAUGAACAGGCAGAAAAAGAGUAACGAGAAACGCAAGUUUUUCCUUCUAAAAACAAAUUAAUUCUAAUUCUUUAAUCUUCUAAUACACGUAUAGAACGUAAACGUAAAUAUGAUUGAAUAACAAACAGAACUUCUGUAAAAAAUAUUUGAUGUAUGUAGUAUUUUAUUUUUGGACUAGACAUAUAUUUUUUAUCUCAAGCAUUUAUAAUGAGGCUAAAAUUUAUUAAUACUUAAUUACAAGUGCAUAAUAUUAUUUUAUAGGUUUCAUUCCAAUUGUACUUAAUUAGACAUAAGCAAUUAGUAUUUAAGACUUUGUGUUGUUAAACAAAAAUCAAUGUUAGACUGACUAAAAGACGAGGCGGCUUGAUUGUUUACUGAUUAUAAUGUAAGUACUUAAUUACAGAUCCAAUAGAAGUAGUUAUAGUGAAAAUUUACAUGUCACCACAAUAAUUUAAUUAUUAAUGUAUAUGACUUUUGUUAUUCUGUGAAAUUUUUGGUAUCUUUACCAUUGUUGUUGGUAAUAAAUAAUUUGAA